AUGAGUGAGGUAACCCACCAGAAUGCCAAGGAUGGCCGCACCGGCGAAACGGCGGAUCUUUCGUAUACGCAGUGCCGCGUGAUAGGCAACGGCUCGUUUGGGGUUGUAUUCCAGACCAAGCUGCUUCCGUCGAACGAGGAUGCUGCAAUCAAAAGGGUUCUCCAGGACCGGCGCUUCAAAAACCGCGAGCUGGAGAUUAUGCGCAAGGUGCACCACCCAAACAUCGUAGGCCUCAAGGCAUACUUCCACUCGACCGCAGAACGCGAUGAGGUAUAUUUAAAUUUGGUUCUCGAGUACAUGCCGGGCACGGUCGCCUCCGAGCUGCGCUGGUUUUCACGAGCCCGUCGGCCCAUGCCGGACCUGGAAAUCAAGUUGCUCACCUACCAGAUGUUCCGCUCCCUAGCGUAUAUCCACGGCCUGGGCAUCUGCCACAGAGACAUCAAGCCGUGCAAUCUGCUCUGCGACCCGCGCACCGGAAUCCUCAAGCUGUGCGAUUUUGGGUCCGCAAAGGUGCUGGUGGCUGGCGAGCCCAACGUUGCUUAUAUCUGUUCUCGUUUCUACAGAGCCCCCGAGCUCAUUUUUGGAGCAGUAAACUACACAACUAAGAUUGACGUGUGGUCAGCGUGCUGCGUUAUGGCCGAGCUCAUUCUCGGCCAACCUCUGUUCCCCGGCUCCAACGGCAUCGACCAGCUAGUGGAAAUCAUCAAGGUGCUGGGCACCCCGACCAGAGAGCAGAUUUGGGUCAUGAACUCUGCGCACAACAACGACCACAGGUUCCCACAAAUCCGCCCCCAUCCCCUGAACCGUGUAUUCCGCCGAGCCGACCAACAGGCGAUUGCUCUGCUGGGCGACAUGCUCGAGUACUCUCCGGAAAAGCGCCCGUCUAGCAUCCAAGUUAUGGCCCACCCUUACUUUGACGAGCUGCGUGAUCCAAACACAAAGCUACCCAACUACCAGGAACCCGACCAACCAGAUAGAGAGCUACCCCCACUGUUUAACUUUUCCGAGCUCGAGCUUUCCCUGAGCCCAGACCUGAACAAGACGUUGAUUCCAGAGCAUGCUCGCGCUGCAUUGGGCGUGGAUCUCGACAAUUUUGUUCCCAUGCCGGCCGAGCAGAUGAGGACCAGUGCAGUUUAA